UCAUACAGCACUCUGUGACGUCUAAUGAGGAGUAAGGCCCAUUAAAAGAGGUUUUAAUAGCAGUGAUGUCUGCAGAUGCUUUCACAUCCGCAGAGAGGCAGAGGUGGCAGCAACGCAGUAAGAGAUAACUGGAGAUUAGGUUUGGUGUCUUGCCCAAGAAGACUCCAACAGAUAUGUACACAUAACCCGCGACCUGCGACAGUUUAAGGCUGGAGUCUGUGAGAAUAAGACUGACCUGACGCUGCAUUCCUGCCACCGAGACUACACCUCAGUUAUCAGCUGCAGUAAAGUCUUUUAGCUUAAGCAUCACAUCGGGAACCCGCAGAAGAGAAGAGGAGAAAAAAUUAAACGACAGCAGGAAAACAAAUUAAGAAAAGGAGAAUGUUGAAGAGGUUGAGCAGAGGAUUGUGGAACUAUCACAGCAUUGCCCUGAUCCUCCUUACGCCAGUGCUGCUGCUUCCUCUUCCUCUUGUCAUUGGGACAAAGGAGGCAGAAUGUGCCUUUGUAUUGCUGCUAAUGGCGACGUACUGGAUGACAGAGGUGAUUCCUCUGUCCAUAACAGCCAUGCUCCCCGCCCUCCUCUUCCCCAUGUUUGGCAUCAUGAAGUCCUCGGACGUGGCAAAGGAGUACUUUAAAGACUUCCAUUUCUUGCUGGUGGGCGUCCUCUGCCUCGCCACGUCCAUCGAGCACUGGGGUCUCCAUCGCAGAAUCGCCUUGAAGCUCGUCACCAUGGUGGGAGUCAACCCUGCAUGGUUGAUGUUGGGUUUCAUGUCCGGCUGUGCGUUACUCUCCAUGUGGGUCCAAAACACUUCGGCUGUUACCAUGGUGAUGCCCAUCGUGGAGGCUGUUCUCCAGCAGAUCCUGAAGGCCAAAGAGGGGGCGUGUGUCGGCGAAGACAACCCUAACCUGCAGCUGGAUGAAACUGACGACCAAUACGAAAAGAUCAAAGAAAUUGUGAGUGACAAGAAGCAUCCAGAUGGUUCUGAAGAGAACUACACUUGUGUUCAGAUACAGACGGUGUCGCAGCCUGUUCCAGCUCAGGAUUCUGGGUGUCAGCCUGAAGCGCCCAGCAGGUGUAAACAGGACCUAAUGAUGUGUAAAGCCAUGUGCAUUGGUAUUGCCUACUCCUCCAACAUCGGGGGUAUCACCACGCUGCCCGGCACCUCACCCAACCUCAUUUUCUCUGAAUACCUCCACCAGAUUUACCCGGACUGCAAUGCCAUUAACUUCGGCAACUGGCUCAUGUUGUGCCUGCCCAUCAGUGUUAUCAUGCUGGUGCUGACAUGGAUAUGGCUAUACUGGCUCUUCAUUGGCUCAGACUUCAGCUUCCUGUGGCGUUGCAAAGGAGAGCAGUCUGAAAAAGAGAAAGCAGCCAAAAAAGUGAUAGAAGACGAGUACAGGUCGCUGGGACCCAUGAGUUCACAGGAGAUCGUCACUGGGGUGGUUUUCCUGGUGAUGGUGUUGUUGUGGUUGACCAGAUCUCCAGGUUUCAUGCCCGGCUGGGCUUCUCUCUUCCCUCAUCACAAAGGCUACAUCACUGAUGCCACCGUGGCUCUGCUGCUGGGCCUCCUAUUAUUUAUCAUACCUGCCUACGGACCCUCCAGAAAAUAUGAGCCCAUGAUCUCCUGGAAGGAGUUCCAAGCCGCCAUGCCGUGGAAAGUGGUGCUGCUGGUGGGUGGAGGCUUUGCACUCGCUGAAGGGGCAAAGGAGUCGGGCCUGUCUUUGUGGGUGGCCGAGUUGCUGACACCUCUGGGUGAUCUGCCAGUCUUGGCCACGAUCACAAUCGCCUGCAUCAUCGUCACCACAGUAACAGAGGUGGCCAGCAAUGCCGCCACCAUCACCAUCUUCCUCCCCAUCCUCUCUCCUCUGGCGGAGGCUAUCCACGUCAACCCGCUGUACGUCCUGAUCCCCACCACCCUGUGCACAUCCUUCUCCUUCCUGCUUCCAGUGUCCAACCCGCCCAACGCCGUCGUAUUCGCCUACGGACACAUCAGCAUCAUGGACAUGGUGAAGGCGGGGAUCGGCGUCAAUGUGAUCGGCGUACUCUCCGUCAUGUUGGCUGUGGCGACAUGGGGAGUUCCUUUAUUCUCUCUGCAUACAUACCCUGACUGGGCACCAAUCCUCCCCGGGUUCAACGCCACAACACCCUGAUGAUGGGCCCCCAGGCCUGGAUCUCACUGUGAGGCUCAGGUACCUCCAAGGGCCUCUUAAGGGGGCUCCAAGGAGGCUCUUAGAAGGAAUAGGUUAAUGUGUUUUUAUUCACUGAAUCCAGAGAGAAUGUAUUUAUUGUUCUUUAGUUGUUUUACUGACCCCCCUCUAUAGCGCAUUCACACAUUUAGGAACCCUUGUUGUAAGACUGGUUCUCCAGGUUGUAUAUAACUUCUAGGCUACUGUAUGUUUUGUCCUUUCUCUGUACAUGUUGCUGUUUCAAAACACUGUGAUUAAAGAAUAAGUCUGGUAUUAUUCUUCAGUUGUCUUGCUGUCAACACAUCCCAUAAGCAGACCCAAACCAACAAGGAACUGAUCCGACUAACAAGUAUUGUAUCUAAAACGUGAUACAUCUUCUUUCUCUGUGCCGUAGAGUUCCACCGUUGUCCAAAAACUAUUUGCAUCACAAUUAAAAUCACAAUUAUCCGUUAUUAUCAUGAACAUACACAGUUUAUUUUUACUGAAUUACCACAUACAAUGUCCUGUGGAAACCGGAAAACUCAUCAGAGCGCUAAAUGUGGAUUAAUCCGCCGCUGGAAAUAGGUCCCAAAAAUGCAGCCUGUUUGUUUGCUAAAAACUACAGUGAACAGCUGUUUUAGGAAAAUGGGAGGAUGAAAUGAAACCAAAUAAAGUAAACUGAUAACUCUUAAACAUGUUAGAUUUUAUAUUGAUAUGUAUAUUUAUUAUAGAAAAUCUUUUUAGUUAUUUUUGUUUCUUUGUGUUGAUACUGAUGUUGUAUCUUUGUUGUUGUUUCUAGAGCUGUAAAUUUGGAAAAAACGUCUUCAUAGUGUCUGCGAUGUAGUUCUGUUCACACCCGCACUCUUAGAGUAUUCUGCUGCAGUAUAACUGCUGGGGUGUUGUGUGAGUAGAAGCUGCAAAUCAAAAUCAAACAAGACUGAAAAUUUUGAAACUGGAAGAAACUGAGAAUAAAACGUCAGUAAUUAAAAACAUGAA